AUGCCCACCCCAAGCGACAACACUCCGAUCGAGGCCAUCUCCACUCGCACUUGCCCGGAGCCUGACCGAUCCGUCUGGCGAGACAGUGAGCACAGUGAGCCCAUCGAUGUGAUCUCACCCGAGCGAGCCGCUGAGCCAUCUGCUCUCAGCCGAUCGGACGAUGGCUCUGUGUUAGCGCCGACCAAGGCAGCGAAGUUGACCAUCGUUGACGAUGAGCCUGAACCCAUCCGUGCUACUUCUCCUGCCGAAUCAACAUGUAUCCGCAGCCAAUCGCCUACGUUGCCACAAUCCAGUUCCUCCCUCCUCAGUUGGGAAUUUUCAAAUGUUCGGCUUUUGCCAAAUCACACAUCCUCCUUCCUGCGCUCCGGCAGCAAAUUCAUCGGAACACAACAAAGCGAUCGCUCGGUUUACAAUGUUGAUGUCGAGAUCAAACACGUCGAUAUGGCUGAGUCCUAUCUCUGCGGUUACCUUCGAAUCCAAGGUCUCACCGAAGAUCAUCCUACCCUAACCACAUUCUUCGAAGGAGAAAUUAUUGGCACCAAACACACCUUCCAGACUCGGAACGAAGAAUGGGGUGCAUCGGAAAAGACCGAUCUCCACCACUGGUCCAGAUUUCCCGCCUGGCGUCCACUGGCCAAACAGGCCAAACGAGCGGAUUUCACCUACCGUAAUUUCGCACAGCGCGAGCACAUAUUCAUGAGAUGGAAGGAGUCUUUCCUUGUCCCUGACCACCGAGUGCGGACAAUCUCAGGGGCUAGCUUCGAGGGGUUCUACUACAUCUGUUUCAAUCAGAUUGAGGGAACGGUCAGCGGUGUUUAUUUCCAUGCGAAAAGCGAGCGGUUCCAACAGCUUGAGCUUAAGCACGUUGAGGAUCGUGGAUGCGCACCAGCUGUCGAGUUCCGUUAA